AUGGAUGCAAUGAUUGUCUCCAUUCAUUCAGCUGAAGAAAAUCGAGUCGUUGAUCAGCUACUACACACACAAAAGACGAUGAACAAUGGAGCCACUGAUUGUGUUUUGCUGGGAGCAGUUAAAAAUGGCCCAGGAAAAACCGAUUAUGCUUGGUACGACGGGACACCGUGGAACUACACAAAUUGGAGAGAAGAAGGAGUUCUAAACAGUGGAUCGUGUCUGAUUAUAUUUCCCGAUUUAUGGGAUGCCCCUUCACUUCCCCCUUUAUAUUACUUACAUCGAUGGGAUGUCUAUCCAUGUGAAACGACUUUCCGAGCAACUCUAUGCAAGAAACGUGCUAAAUAC